UGUGUUAUCUCUGGUGCAACAACAGAAGUGUCAACAAAAAAUACUUUUCUUCUCCGCUUUGUCACACCAACAGAUAUUAAGAUGUCUAUAGUCGUUUACAAGAGAGAAUCCUGCGUCGACAUCAUCCCCGAAGACGAUUAUUACACGCAGACAGAGCCAAAAUACACAGUGGAUAGGCCGUUCGGUUUUUUCGACCUGCCUUCCCCAGUAUGCACGGAAGUCAUAUCACGCCUAAGCCUGCGGGACACGAGGGCGAUGGCUCUCACCUGUCGGGCUGGCUGGGAAAUCACCCGAGACCAGCUGAUGUGGAGGAACAAGUUAUGGAUCCGAGCCAAGGUAGUAAACUUAGGUCUAAUUGGGCCCAAUAUUUCACCCUGCCCAAAUGCAGACAUGUUAGUACGUGACCCCCUGCUGGUGAACAAUAGGUUGCUCUACGAGAUUCUCGAUCCAGACUCUGACAUCAAUGAGAAUCACGAAGACCUGGACAUCGGGAAUUUGCUGUCCAAAAUGGCAACGCCAACACCAACCACGAGCUUUAAUGAGUUGCUCGAAAGCUUCUUUAGUAUGUUUAUUACUUCCCAACCGCAUUCUCCGUCAGAUCCAUUCUCAAAGGGUGAAGGAGCACCGACAUUCCUUCUCUUCGGGACCCCAGAGACAAGGGUGUCGAAAAAGCUGGCCUUGAGCUUCAUUGCUUCAAAAGACUCGACUUUCGACACCGUAGGAUUAGUGAAGGGGAAACCAGGAGGCGUUGGUGGAGGCGUGACCGUGAAGUACGCUCACCAUUUGAUGAACCUGCUGACUGUGCGGAGAGCUCGUCCGAGGCUGCUUGUGGAGGGACCGAAAGGAACGACUUUCCAUCCUGACGUGGCUGAGGUUGUGACACGUGUUGAUGGCUUGAUUUGCUACAUGGAUGCCUCCUGCAACUGUGAAUCAGGUGAUGGAGCUUCAAAUUGUAGUAGUCAGAAUGGCUGCAGGGAUGGCAUCCACAGCAUUGAUGUCUUGGAACUGGAGGCAAUGAUGCGAACCAUCCCCCCCGACCUGGCCCCCCCUGUCCUUGUCCUUCUAGCGCACAUGGAUGACCCAGCCACCCUGGCGCGCGACCUGGAUUCGUGUGACGUCCCACCGCACCGCCUAGGGGGCACGACCAAAGAUGCAGGUUCCUACCAUGACACUGCCACGCAGAAGCGCCACCGUCCCGCCAUGUUGUAUCCCGUCCUCAGCAAGCUAGAUCUACCCUGGGCGGUCUGUGAGGUGGAGGUGAAGUCCCUGUCAGGGGUGCACCGAGGCCUCAACUGGCUCCUCAAACGCACGCUCAAGCUGAAAAACGGUUGAAGAAGAGCAGCGCCUGUCUCUCUCGCUCUCUAAAUCUAUAUCUAUUUUAAGUGAUUAUUGUGAUAAUUUUACCAAUGUUUUCUAUGAAGAGUGUUCAGUGUCAGUGUGGUCCAUAUUUUAUAUGAAUGGUUUUAUUUUUUUUUGUGAUGUGAAAACUUGUGUACGGUGAUAUUCUUGAUAUCUGUGAAUGACAACGUCUGGUCAUGUGAAUGUGCAGCUAAUAUAUUUCUUUGUUUUCUUGCUCUGUUAUAGAAUUCUGACUACAUUGUUUUUAUAGGAUGAAAUCAUGAUUUUAAACUUUCUUCCGACAUUUGUGCAAAUCCUGCAACUGCUCUAUGACAGAUCUCCCUGAGGAGGAGUUAAACCUACUCAAAGACGGUUUGCCCUGAACUUUAUUAUUAAUGUGAUACUGCAUUAUUCUUUCCUUUUAUGUAAUGGUAGAACAUUUAACAUUAUAUAUAGUCAGUAAUUUAUAGGAAUGAUACUUGGCAUGAGAUUUUCAGGCUUACUUUUUUUCUGGUUUCUGUAUAAGGAUUUACCUUGAACCCAGUGGCAGUGGAUGACAUUACAUUAUGAAGAAUAAUCACAGAUGAUGAUGGCUGAUUAUGUUAUGAGUUUAUGUCCUGACUACUGGGAUGAGGCCUUAUAUGUGCUACCAUGUGCUGGACAGUUGCUCAGGCAUAGAGUUGCACACAGUGAUCAAUGUCCACCUUUGGUUGACUUUACUUGAUUGUUUUCCUGUUGUUAUUAGGAAGAUGAAAGUAUUGGAUUUUUUUUUUUUUUACAUAUAUGAAUUCGGAUAUAUACAAACUGAACUUCACAUAUAGACAUUAUGAAAAGAAAUGAAUCGCUUCUAAAUGUGGAUGAACUUUGAAAAUAGAUUUUAGGUUGCAGUUUGUAUCAUCAUAAUCACUUAAACUCUUUAGGAAAACUGCAAGAUGAUAGGUGCACUGAAGCUUCUUGUUUUGUGCAUAGCUUCUAGUUCAGAAGGCCAGUUUUUAUGUUUGUAAGCCACAGCUGAUGUGAAGAAGUGCAUCCACCCAAACAAGGGAAGCCAUGUGAAGACCACAGUCCCAGAUGAGUCCUUUUGUACUUUCAGAGACAGAAUUAAUAUCAUGUCAUCUUGUAUAAGUGCAGUGUAUUCAUGACAGAUAGAAUGUAUUGUGUUUACUUUUAGGAGUAAUUUUUAUCAUUCAUAUUUAUUAUUUCAAGACAGUUAAUGUUCUGGAUAUCAGAAUAUGUGAAAGAAAAGAUUCUAUAUGCUACUUGAAUUGCACAUGUGUGUGUUGUAUUACAUGCUGGUAAUGUAAAAGCUGCCAGGUCUUCAGUUAUGUUGUGUGUUUAGGGAGCCUUUUAGAGGCAAAGACUGCUAAGAAGAUACACGUUUGGAAACACAGGAGAAAUAUCUUAUUUAAGCUGUCUAUUCCAAGAACCAUUGGAAAAUAAAUUGUCAGUAAUACAAAGAAGUGAGUAGGUAACAAAUGGAUGAAUGGAGUGGUAAGGAAAAUAAAUAUUCUGCUAGAAAUAAUUUAACCAAAACCAAAUAUCUGGGACUUAUUUUUUUCUAGGAUUAUGGCCAUAUUUUUAUAUAAUUCUAAAACGCUUGGCGAGGAAUGUUCCAAGGAUUUUCAUACCAAAGGUUAGAAAAAUUAGAUGUUAUAGUAUGUUGGAGUAGCACUGGAAUGUUCUUUAGCCUUUUUUAUAGCUUGUAAAUAAGGUUGUCUCUGUGAUUUUUCCUUUUCAAGGGUUAAAGACUAAAUGCCCUUGCAAUAAGGCUAGUAAGGCAGAGAGUGAGCAGGGCAGGCUACCCGCUACUCAAGGCAUAUAUGGUGUAAUGUUUGUGCACGUCUUCUGCUUAUGAGUGUUUGUAUGAGUAUGUGUGUAUGGGUUUGCACCUAAAAUAACCAGAUAUUAUUAUUAUUAUUAUUAUUUUUUUUUAUAAAGGUGUAAAAAAAAAGAAACAGAAUUUACAGUCAGUUGGAAUUAUGUUCUGUUGAAUAUUAGAUCAUUAUUCAAACUUAUGAAUAAGACCUUUUCCUUUCAUUAGUCAGUUAUGGCAGCAAGUAGCCCGACAAUGGAUUGUUCAGUGUCUGAAACCAACUUUUUCAAUCUCUCUGUCUCUUUCUCUGUGCCUCUGUCUUUCCUUUCUUUUGUCCUUCUCCCUUCUCUGUCCUUCCCUCUCCCAAAUGCUAGAAAACCUUAAAAUGAUGACACUGACUAAGUUCAAAGGGGUGCAGCAUGCUCCAAGAAAAAUUUGCAUAUGAAACAAUGUUUUAAUUGUUGUGAAAUAAAAUUCUUGUCCCGAACCUAGCCAUUUUAUGAUGGCAGUCUUCAGCUGCAACUACUUACAUUAAUAUAUAAAAAAAGUUUGAUUUAUUGUUGAUAAAUACACAAGAUUUUUGUGUAAUGUGUUUUAGGAGACCUAAGGAAUGUUUUUUUUUUUUUUUUUCCCCCCCUCCCUGUUUCUUACUAGUUUGACUUCAGCCUAACUCGCCAAUGGUAAGUUGCAGAGUCGUAUAUAUUGUAGAUGUCUGUGUACUUGUACAUAUGGGUGUGUGUACAUAUAUAUUUUUCUAGUUAUCAUCAACAAACUUGUGAUUAUCUUUGUGUAUGCUUUAAGAAAAGGUGAAUUGUCCUUUUUUUGUAUGAUAUUAGUUGGAAUUUUUUAUUUAUUGAUUGAUUUUGUAACAUUUUCUCUUUGUUGUUAUUCUCUUUCAAAUGAUAUUUUACUGAUUGUAACUAAAUUUACUGGCACUUACAGUUUAUUAGUGACCAAAAAAUAAAGUAACAUAAAAUUCAUAUUGAUAAGAAAAUUAUCAAACAGAUAUGAAACCUGCACGUCCCUCCAUCAUCAUGAGGCUUCAAGAAAUUAUGUUAACAUGUAAAUAAAAAUGAUGAAAUAAAUAUGAAGCCUUCACACCUUAUCAUUGUAAUAUGGUUCUUAACAUGUAAGUCACAUUGAUAUCAGUGAGUAAAAAAAAGACACCUAUCAUUAUGCUGCUUAAUCUGUGUAUCAUGCAGUAUUAUGGUGAUUUAAUGCAUUUAAAGGUCAUAUUGCUAGUCUAGUCUUCACAGUGGUGGAUGUGUACCUCUGUGCAUGCCUUUUUAGCUACGGAUAAUUCUGUAUUGUUGCCUCAAGAAGUUCCUUUAUCAUUUGUAUCCUGUUGAGAUGUUGCUCUGUCACUGCAGUAAUGUUCCAAUGUAUGACUAAAUUGGAUUUUUUACUGCAGUGGCAGAUGAGGAUGGGGGCUGUAUGCCAUGUGUCAUAAUGAUGGGCAACAAUAUAUACAGGUGGAAGGGGUGAAAGCAUUAUCAAAAUACAGAGGAUACAGGAACUUUUGAGGAAACCAUACUAAGAUUUUUAUUUGAUAUUGGUACUUACUGGACAGCAGAGUGAAGAAAUGUGAAAAAAAGAAUUAUGGAAAUGCAUCAGAGUAUAAAAAAUAUAUGUAUAACUAUAAAUUUUUAAGAUCAUAUAUAUAUAUAUAAAAUUUACAGGUUUGAU